AUGAUGGAAAUGCUGGGUAGAGGCGGCUCUGAUUACAUGAGUAUCGCUCAACAAGGCGUUCAUAUGAAUUUGAACUCUGCAUUGUGUAGUUUGGUGACGCCACCUCGCCGCACAGUCCAAGGUAGUAAACAAGCUUCGAUGCCUAUCGAUUCCCAUAUCAAAUUUAAAACUCCACCAUCCAAGGCGCCUGAAAACCAAAGCAAAUCGCUUCCUAAAGGUACUGCGACCAGGAAUAGUCCGUCCAGACUAUCACCCAGUCAGCUUAAUGGUAAAGGUUUCUAUGCUGGUGCCAAGUUUGGUGAAAGGCCGCCUCCAACUGAGCUGCCCAAACCUCCUAAUCACUGGGUGAGUGAGAACAAACAAUGGGGAUCAAAAGAACAGAGUUGCAUUGAGAUGACAAAUACUCUUAAGGUUCUGUUGAAAGUGCAGUCAUAA